UGCGCCCCCCCCCCCACUCCUGGAUGUGUUUGUAUGCCUGUCAGCAUGUCUUCCCCCUCCCGUGUUUGUGUGUAUCCGUCGCCGUGUCUCUGCUCGCCUGCGGACUGUCUGCCUGUUUGUCCGUCUAUCCUGUGUGUCUGUCUGUCCUUUUAUGUUAAUGCGUGUGUCUGUCUGCCUAUGUAAAUCUCAUCUGUCCCCCCCAUUAUUUCUGCGUGCGUGUAUAUGUACUUGUGCUUCUGUAUUUGUCUGUGUAUCUGAUCUGUUUCCCAAAAUUUCUGAGUCCACUCUCCUCUUUUGUGUGUGUUGCUGACUCUUACUGUGUGUCUGACUCUGUGUUUGGGAUCUUUACGUCCCUGAACAACAACAGCCUCACAGCUGGUUAGACUCCUCAUGCUGGCUUUUGGGGUCAGCCUGAGGCACCCCCUCGACAUCUCGGCGAUGUAGUGCCCCCCCCCUCCCGGCCCAAGAAACCUGCCAACCACAAGUAGGCGCCCUUCAGAUGGACCGCAACAAGCGCAACUCCAUCGCCGGCUUCCCCACACGGGCCGAGCGGCUGGAGGACCAGGACGGCGGUGGCGGAGCAGGCGAGGCAGGGCCUUCACAGGGCAGCCGUGUCUGCAGCUCGUCCUACCGCGCCCUCAUCAGCGCCUUCUCCCGCCUCACACGCCUCGAUGACUUCAUCUGUGAGUGGAUCGGCUCCGGCUUCUUCUCCGAGGUCUACAAGGUGCGACACCGGACAUCUGACCAGGUGAUGGCACUGAAGAUGAACACGAUGAGCAGCAACAGGGCCAAUAUGCUGAGGGAGGUGCAGCUGAUGAACCGGCUGUCUCACCCCAACAUACUGAGGUUCAUGGGUGUCUGUGUUCAGGAAGGGCAGCUCCACGCUUUGACCGAGUACAUCAACGGGGGGAACCUGGAGCAGCUUCUGGACAGCAACAAACAGCUGAGCUGGGUGGUGCGUGUGAAGCUGGCCAGGGAUGUGGCCCUGGGCUUGGGCUACCUGCACUCCAAAGGCAUCUUCCACCGAGACCUCACCUCCAAGAACUGCCUGAUCAAGACGGACGAGACCGGAUUCACGGCAGUGGUGGGCGACUUUGGCCUGGCGGAGAAGAUUCCCUGUGAAGACUCUGAUGGGGAGAAGCUGGCGGUGGUUGGCUCCCCCUUCUGGAUGGCCCCAGAAGUGCUGCGGGACGAACCCUACAAUGAGAAGGCCGACGUCUUCUCCUAUGGCAUCAUCCUCUGUGAGAUUAUUGCCCGCAUCCAGGCCGAUCCCGAUUACCUUCCUCGCACCGAGAACUUCGGCCUGGAUUACCACGCCUUCCAGAACAUGGUUGGGGAUUGUCCACCUGACUUCCUACAGCUGGCCUUCAACUGCUGCAAUAUGGACCCCAGGCUGCGGCCCUCCUUCGCCGACAUCGUGAAGAAUCUGGAGGAGAUCCUGGAGCGGCUGAAACGCGCCGAAUCGGAGCAGAUGCAGGCGGCAGUUAUGGACAGCGAGUGGAAGACCGUCCCCAAAGGCCCAGGGGAGAAGGUGCUGGCUGUGAAGAGGUUGAUCCCCAUGGAGCUGCAGGAUGACAAGAUCCCUCCCAAGUCCCCCCGUCCCCGCCGCAACAUCUGGCUCUCCCGCAGCCAAUCAGACAUCUUCUCCCGCAAGCCAGGCCGUAAGGUGGACGUGCAGGAUCCACACUACAAGCCCGAGGCACGGGGCGCAUCCAGCGCCCGCAAGGUCAAUCCCUUUAGCGCCCGCGAGGACCUCAAGGGAGGCAAGAUCAAGUUCUUUGACGUACCCAGCAAGUCCGUCUUCUCGCUGAUGUUUGACCUACACUCCUGCACUAGCGGGAGGGUUCCUUCGCAGCAUCCCGGUCGCCGCUGCCGCUCCCUGCCCGUGUCACCCCAGCUGCCUGGCCGGGACGCACCGCACUUCGCCCCUAGGUGGGACCACAGCUCACAGGGCCCAGAUGGGAGGCAGAAGGUCCCGGCCAACUGGGCGUGGAAGUAUGCGGUGCCGGAGAUCCCACCCUAUCGGCCCAGGGUUAAGGACGACGAGGAGUAUGAGGACGACGAGGAGAGCUGGUAUUCCAUGUCUGGCGACCACAGCGAGGCAAUGGACUGCUCCAGCAGCACCGCCAGUGAAGGGGAGGAGCUCUUCCUCCCGGCCGAGGCCCCCAAUGGCACCUCCGACAGAACCUGGACCUGUGAAGACAUGGAGGCCGAGAACCAGGAGGCGUCAGAGCACCAAGGCCCCAGAGCAAGGGCACUUGGCCCAGAGAAGGCUGCCCUCAACCCAGAGAAGGCUGCCCUCAACCCAGAGAAGGCUGCCCUCAACCCAGAGAAGGCUGCCCUCAACCCAGAGAAGGCUGCCCUCAACCUGUGCCUGUUUGUGGAGGCUGGCAGCUCACCUGCACAGAAGGAUUGCAGCCCGCCUGCUGUCCCCUGAAACAGUGACUCCUAGAACACUCCAGGAGAGGGAGAGAGCGAGAGAGCGAGCCCUCCUCACCGCCCCUUUCAGAUGCGUCCCCUAGGCAGGCUUUUGCACAUAGUAUACAAGAAAAAGGAGUUGUAUGGAGGCGGUAGUGGGAUGUCAGUGAGGAAAGUGGACGACCCCCCCCCCCCCCCCCCAAAAAAAGGCAGUGCAUAUGGGCAGGCAGAGACGCCUACGGAUGCCGCCAGCCAGGGGCCAUGCAGGGAGGUGUGUGCGUUUGAUCACGCCAAGUCACGUUCAGUGUGUCACUACGUUUCUAUGCAAUGAAAUUACUGCACCAGGUUAUUUGACUGAAAACUUUUGAAGAGAGGAUCUAUUUUGAUAUUUAUGAGAUGUUUUGCUACUCGUCUUUUGAUACGUGUUAAGAACAAGCCCUAAAGAGCGUGGCGAGACACAUUUGUUUGUGCUUUCUUACUGACGCCUUUGUUCCGAUAAACACCGGCUUUCCUUUCUACCAGAAGUGUUCCUUCACACCAAAGACCUGGGAGCCCCAGACCGUUUCGUACACCUGGCUUUUUACGGGACUUUGUAAGCUUAAGUACAUUACUGUUGGUUUAAAAUAAAGUGAAAACCUUG